AUGACGAGCACCCCUGAGGCCCAGGGCCUGGACCUGCAGCAGCUGCAGCAGGAGCAACAACUACAGCAGCUGGAGCUACAGCAGCAGCAGCAGCAGCAGCAGCAGCAGCGACAGCAGCAGAAUAAGGGGCCAGGGCCACAGCAGCAGGAAUACAAUGCGUCCGCUCAUUUGGGGGCCGCUCAGCAGGGGGCCCCCAAGGGGCCCCCGGGGCCCCAGCAGCUGCCCACAGAAAAGGAUGUGCAUGCAGAAGAUGCAGCAACAGCAGCAUCUGUUGCACCUGCUGACUCAGCAGCAGCAGCAGCAGCAGCAGCAGCAGCAGCAGAUGAGGCAGCAGACAGUAUCAUUCGGCGGAGCAUCUUAGUGGAUCUAAAAGGUCUGGGGGCCCCGUCUUGGCCCCCAUCCGAGGCGACCCCCGGGGCCGCUUGGGGGCCCCCUGGGGCCGGCAGCAGCAGCAGCAGCAGCAGCAGCAGCAGCGGGGGGGAAGCUGAAGACCUGCAGGGGACAGCAGCAGCCCAAGAGAGCUGCUGCGCUGCUUCUGAGGCGGAGGGGGACCCCUCUCCCUCAGGGCUGCUGCCUCGCAAUGGGACUUCCUCUGCUGCUGCUGCUGCAGCAGCAGCAGCAGCUGCUGCUGCUGCUGCAGCGGCGGCGGAGGGCGAGGGCGCCUGCGGGGCCGCGGACCUCGCGCUGCUGUCCAAGAAAAUGGACGAAGCAGCGCAGCAGCUGCGAGCUUUUGCUGCUGCUGCUGAAGUGGGGCUGCAGCGCUUCGGAAUGCAUGCAGAAGCCCUGCGUUCGGACUUAGCCGAUAUUUACGUUCGGCUGGCGGAGCUGACGAAGGAGCUGGACGAUCUCCACGACGACGACGCUGCUGCUGCUGCUGCUGCUGCUGCUGCUGCUGCUGGGGCUGCGGCGGCUCCGGCGGCCGCUGCAGACGCUCCAGCAGCGGCAGCAGACAGCUCCGCAGCUGCAGCAGCAGCAGCAGCAGCAGCAGCAGCUGAAGGGGGGCCGCCCACGCAGCAGCCAAGGCUGUCUUGGGCUGUUGACCCCUCAGUGGUUCGUCUCUCAGCUGCGCCGCCGGCCCUGGGGCUGGGCAUGCUGGACGUGCUGCAGCACGAGGAGGAGCAGCAGCUGAAGCAGCUGCAGCAGCAGCAGCAGCAGCAGCAGCGGCGGCCGCAGCAGCUCAUCGGGGGGCCCGUCCUCUUCGGAAACGGACAAGUGGCAGAUGAGUUCGAUUCUGCUGCUGAUCUUUAUUUAGAAACUACUGAUGUGCUGCGGCACUACUUGGUGGCUUGUGACGCUGAGAGGCUGCAGCAGCAGCAGAAGCAGCAGCAGAUACGAGAGGCCGUUCUCCGGCAGCGCCGGGAAGUCGCCCUCAAGCUGCAGCAGGAGCAGCAGCAGCAGCAGCAGCAGCAGCAAGCAGCACAAGGAGACCGGCAAGAAGACGCGUCGGAUCCCGCAGCGGCUGAGCGAGACAGCUCAGGGGCGCCGUCACCCCCAGCAGCAGCAGCAGCAGCAGCAGCAGCAGCAGCAGCAACGGCAGCGGAAACAGGAGGGGCGCCUGGGGAGGGCACAGAGUCUCCGGUCCCUGCUCCCGCCGCAGCAGCCGCAGCAGCGGCUCCUGCUGCUGCUGCUGCUGCUGCUGCUGCUGCUGCAGAAGAGGCCGAGGGGCUCAGUAUAGGCUGCGGCGAACUCUAUAAAGAAGACCUCUAUGGGGGCCCCAUCCACCCCUGGGCGGACUGCCGCUCGAUUUUGUCUGCUGCUGCAGCAGCAGCAGCAGCAGUGGGGUGGCUGGUGGAGGACGGGGAGGGCCCGGAAGGAGAAGCAGCAGCAGCAGCAGCGCUGGCGGCCGGCGCUGCAGCAGCAGACGAAGAAGCAGCAAAUGAAGCAGCAGCAGAAAACCAAGUGGCUCUCCACACUUCUUGUGCCUGGAGGGCCCCCUGCGCGCUGCUGCCGCACAAGCUGCGGGGCCCCGAUGACCCCAGCCGGCCGCGGCCCCCGCUGCUGCAGCAGGUGGUGCAGCAGCUGCAGCAGUCUGCUGAAGUUGCUGCUGCUGCGAAGCGCAGACACCGCCGCUUCCAGUACCCCCAGAGUGACUGCGCCUCGGUUGCGAGUGCAGACGCUGACCAGCAGCCGCAGCAGCAGCAGCAGCAGCAGCAGCAGCAGCAGCAGCAGCAGCAGCACCAAGUGCCAAGUCGGCACGGGUCUGCCUACCGACACGAGCAGCAGCAAGCGGAGCCUCAGCCUCCCCAGGUGCAGCAGCAGCAGCUCCCAGCGCCGCCUCAACAGCAGCAACCGUCACAGCCUCACCCCCAGCAGCAGCAGCAGCAGCAGCAGCUGCAGCAGCAGCAGCCGCAGGCUCCGCAGCCGCCGCCGCAGCAGCAGCCGCGGCAGCCGCUGCCGCCGCCGCAGCAGCAGCAGCAGCAGCCGCAGCAGCAGCAGCAGCAGGCGGAGGCCGAGCGCGUGCCUGGAGUCGUCUUCGACUCCCAGAGAAACUGCUGGGAAGCGAGAUGGGUAGAAGAUGGCAGUGCCCAUUCAAAGUCUUUCUCGGUGACGAAGUACGGCAAAGAUCUGGCCUACAAGCUGUCCGUACAGUGCAGGCUUGCCCACGCGCCGGACGGAGCUCAAGGAGCGACGGAGGCGAGCAGCAGCCGCAGCAGCAGUAGCAACAGCAACAGCAGCAACAGCAAGAAGGACUUUGCUGCAGCACACGCAGCAGAGGCUCCUUCCCAGCCACGCCGCCGCAUGCGUACAGGGGCAGGCGCAAGAAGGUCCGCAGUGUCCGGGCUGGGCAGUGCAGUCCACAGCAGCAGCAGCAGCAGCAGCAGCAGCAGCAGCAGCGGCGGCGGCGUCAAGGCCGAGCAGCAGGCCAUGGGGCCCCCUCGAGUCAACGGCCGGGGCAGCAGCCACAGGAACGGCAUUCUGGGCGUUUCGUUUUCUCGCACUGGCAACGCGUGGCUGGCGUACAUAAAGAACCGGAGCACCAAGAGCCAAAUAAACCGCUACUUUCGGGUUUCUGUUUACGGCUGGAAAGGCGCCAAGAGGAAGGCAAUAGAGGCCAGGCUCGAGCUGGAAGAAGAAAUGAAAAAGCUGCACCAGGGGCACUGGGACGUAUCGCCCUGCAUGCCUCCUGCUGUUUACUUCGACGCGGAGGCGAACGCCUGGGUGGCGGCGGCUCACGACCCGGUGACUGGCCAGCUGGUGACCAAAGCCUUCCCCGUAGAAGAAACCCCCGGGGGCGCAGCAGCAGCUCGCAGCGCCGCCAUAGAGGCGCGGCUGGAGAUGGACGGCGAUGACGAAAAGGAAGUGCGAAUGGGUCUUGGGCGUGGCGCGGGGGAGCACGAGGAGGAGUCCCAGCAGGUACCAGUGGGGGUUUCGGAGGCCAGCCCCGAGGUGGCUUUGGCGCAGCAGCAGCAGCAGCAGCAGCAGGAGCCGAAGCUGGAAGAUCCGUCCGCAUUCGAGGCCGCAAACGGAUGCCCCCCCAAACAUGAGCUGCACUCGCAACAGGCGGACCUGCAGCAGCAGCAGCAGCAACAACAACUGAUCAAGCCCGCGCCGAGUGGCGCCGCUGAAGGACUGCCUCAGCUGGACCCCUCGGGUUUAGGUGCGCUCGAGCAGCAGCAGCAGCAGCAGCAGCAGCAGCCUGUUAGUGAUGUGGCAUACGGCGGGGACUACGCAGCAGCAGCAGCAGCAGCAGCAGCAGCAGCACCUGCUGCCGCUGCUGUUGCAGCAGACGAAGACGGUAGAGCGAAAGCAAGAAAAAGACGCCGAAACCCCAGUGCCCUUGUAGGGGCCCCCGGGGGGGGCCCCCUCAGCUCUAAAGGCAGGAGGCCCCGCAGCGACAGUGCUGUGUAUGAGGGUCUUGAUCAGAAGAGGGGCUGCGCCUCGCCCGGGUCGCUUCAGGGCGCCGAGUCAGCUGCUGCUGCUGCUGCUGCUGCUGCGGCAGUUGCUGCAGCAGCCAGCACCCCGGCGGUGGUAGACGUGCUGGGAGAGGCGGCGAAAUCCAUGGACCCGUCUCAGUCUUCCGCUAACCAGGAAGCGGCCGCAGCAGCAGCAGCAGCAACAGCAGCGUUUCAAUGCUCUGCAGCAGCAGCAGGCCUUGCAGCAUCGGGCGCUCUGGCGGCAGCAGAGACGCAGCACCAGCAGCAGCAGCAGCAGCAGGCCGGGGCUCUGGGAAUCGCGGGUGGCUUGUGCGGCAACAACCACACUGCUGCUGUGCAGGUGCAGCAGCUUUCGGCGCUGCUGGUGCCGGAGCAGCUGCAGGCCCCGCCCCCGCCCCCGCAGCAGCAGCAGCAGCAGAAACCCUACUGCUGCGCGCAGCACCUAGAGAUGCUGCAGCAAAUGGAUGAGAUCCAGCGGCAGCUACCUGAAGUCGCUCUCUGCAGGCAAAGCAUGUACAGGAGAUUGGUUUCUAUGCCGGAACAGCCAGUGACACCGGAGCAGCUGCGGGAGAUAGAGUCCGCCCGGGCGGACUUUGACGAGUUGUCGCAGCAGCAGCUGCGCAUGGAGCAGCAGCUGCAGCUGCUGAACCAGCAGCAGCACUACCACGCACUGCAGCACAGAGCAGAGCUGCUGCAGCAGCAGCAACAGGGAAUACCGCAGCAUGCGCCACCACCGAGCCAAGACCUGCUGCAGCAACAGGGGAUUAUGAAUGAACAGGACCUGCUGCAGCAGCGGGUGCUGCAGCAACGGCUGCUUCAACAAAGGGUGCUACAGCAGCAGCUGAUGCAGCAGCAGCAAUUCAUCCAGCAGCAGCAGCUGCUUCAGCAGCAGCAACUGAUGCAGCCACAACAGUUGCAAACGCAGCAGCUGCAGCAACAGCGCCUACCUCCAGCUGCAGAUCCUUUUUCCCAGCUCAGCGCUGCUGCUGCAGUGAGUGCUGGCGCACAAGGCGCAGUGGCUGACGAGCAGCAGCAGCAGCAGCAAGCUUUCUUCGCUCAGCCAACGUUUUGA